AUGACUGAAGUGAAGAAAAAUAUUAUCGUAAGAUACGUACAAGAAAAGGAUAGAGAUGACUGGGUAAGAUUAUGGAAGAAAUUUAUUGCCACCUAUGAGGAUCCAAAACUCCCUGAUGGGAUUGAAAAGGCCAAUUUUGAUAGAUUUAUUGAUCCGGAAGUGAAAAUGUGGUCUGCACUUGCAUUUCUACGGGAUGAAAUUACUGGUAUCGAAAAAGCCAUUGGUUUCACUGAUUUCUUCACACAUCCAUCUACGUGGCAGAUUCAAGAUAAAACAUAUUUAAAUGAUUUAUUUGUCGAUGAUGAAUUCAGAGUUGGAGGUGUCGGUAGAAAACUGAUAGAAUUUGUCUACAGUGAAGCAGAUAAGAUGGGCACACCAGCAGUUUAUUGGAAUACUGAUCAUUUCAACCAUCGUGCACAAUUGUUGUACACUAAAGUUGCCUCUUUAACUCAUAAGAGGAUCUAUAAAAGAGACGGUUAUUGA